AAUCUCUACUCUCAAUCUCUUCUGCACAUUUAUUUCCAGUACUUCAUAUCCUCUAAACUUUUUUUUAAGCCUCCACAAAUGGCUUCAUCAUCAACCUCUGUAAACAACAUUGACUUAAGCUUUGCUCCUACAGUACAACUCAAUGUUAUGCCUGAUGCACAUCCUGACGUUCCUACUAUACACCCCGACAUACUUGUUGUACAUCCUGACAUGCCUGCUGUACACCCUGAUGUAUGGCAGCCAACUUUUACUUUUGAUGAUCGUCCUAUCACCAUUCACGAUACUGUCAAGCUCCACGAUUCUACUGCUAUGGCAGUGGCUAAAGGUCUUGCAACUCCACGGGAUCAAACAUUGUUGGCUGAUAGGUCUGAUUUUGACGCUAUUAAUAAUUCCUUGGCGUAUAGUAUCCAAGGUGCUGCUUCAGUUUCUGACAUGGCACGACGUUUGAGUGACAGAAAUGUGGAGAUGAAAAUCUUAAGAAAUCAAGUUGGGGCCUUACAGCAACGGCUCAAAUACUACAAACAAAAACACGUGAAUUUGAAGAAGAAGAAUACAAAGCCGAAAAAGCUGGUGGUGUUGUUCGCAGAGGACCGGGGAGUAAAAGUGGUAGAAAUGGAGAAGACUGCCAGACAUCUCCAGCAACAACAUGAAAAGCUACAGGUAGAUGUCUAGGAGUGUCGCAUGUCUCUCGGCCCAAGCUCUAAUCAGAAGUGAUCUCUUGGAGCAGCUCUGUGAAUGCAUCCGCUCGUCAUUGCUACAAGUCUCUUUAUGCAACAACUUUUUUUUUUUUAUUCGAAUUAAUGAACACUGGUUUGUAAUAUUAUAAGGAGCUUGCUCUCCAAACAUUUCCUUUUUGCUUUGUAAUCAUAGUAGCUUCGUACAUGCACUCUAUUUAUCAGGUUAAUUAUACAUGA